GUUUCUACCCAUUUUUGUACAGGCGUGUGUUUUAUGGGGACUUGGCAAAAAGUACAUGGGUUUCUCACUUGUGUAUUUGUGAAUUUUCCAUGUUUUUUUCCUUCUCACUGCUGGGGGCUGGAGUGGCAUCUUGUUCUAUGUUUUAUUAUUGAAAAUAAGAGUAGAAGCUGGUAUGAAACUGAGAACAUGGACUUCUGCCAUGCGUUUUGAAUACGUGAGGCUGAACUUUUCCUUUAGUACAAAGCAAUCUUGAGCGGUGCUUCUGCAUGUGUAUGUGUGUAGAUGCAUGCUUGGAAUUUGAUUGUGGUUACAGAGGCUUUAGUUUAUUAAAUGAAACUGAGUUCUCCUUUCCUUGCAUGUGUCUGGACUCUUCACUUUACAGCUCCAGGGUUCUUUCAAGUCAUGUUGUUUUUUUUGGAGAAGGGGUGGAAAGGGGAACUGAACAUACUGCAUAUCCUUGUAUACGUACAUCUAUAAAUGCUUCUUUUUUUUUUUUUUUUUUUUUUUUUUUUAGAGGUUUUACAGUAUAUUAUAUGAGCUGAUAGAAUCUGGAGAGGCUGUAUGCUUGCUCACCACUAAAGUGCUUGGCACAUGGGUGUUAUGAUGAUGUAUUUGGUUUUUAAUAUAUAGGAUGUUGUCUUCCCAAUACAACCCUAUAGGCUCAGAAUUGUACAGGAACCUCUGUUACACUGUCUGCACACCCUGCAGGAGGGUAGAAGCAACUUUCCAUUCUAAGGGCUGGUCUCGCAAGAGAAACAAACAUUUUACAUAAUUACAAAACAGCAUUGUAAACUAAGAUUUUCUAUACAUAUAAUUUCAGUGUGUAAUUAACUAGACAUAACUGCUAUUUUGGAGGGAGUGGUGUGCUCAUAUAACUCCCUGCGUAGGCCAACUCUCAACAUCUACUCAACGUGAAAAGCUAUGGGAGUUAGCAGAGGAGUCACGCUGUAGAAACUCUGAAGUGAAGACUAUUAACUGCCAGGCUGAAGUAGGAAAUCGUAAAGGGAAGGGUAGGGCUGCAACAGUUCCUUUAGGAGUGUUUUCUGGCUCCAGUCUGAGAAGCUGCAAGUAUCUCAGGAGAAUUUGGCUGUGGAUCACUUUGCUUGUGUAUGGAGCCAUCCCACCCUCGUUGAAUGGAGUUUGCGAUGUCUGUAGACCUGAUGGUGACCUAAAACAUUUGACCGACUGCCAGAGCCUGCUGGGUCUUGUGACUGGUAGCUCUUUAGGAUGGCAGCCUUCCUUGCUGAAGGAAGCCUUGUCUGUUUUUACCUGACUUGGGACUGUUUUCACUGUGUGGUUAGAGACAGGGUAGUCACUGUUCUGGAUGGACGUGCACGCACCAAGUUGGGCUGUCGUUGCAAAUUUAUAUCUAGGAAGUUUACUGCAGGCUUUGGGCUUAAGGAAGUGGUGCAGUGGUGUGUUAAUCUUGAUCCGUUGGUGAAAACCAAGCUUUCUGCUUUAGCAGUGAGAAUUUGUUGCUUAGGUCAUUUUCCCCUGUUUUGUUGUGGCUGAGCCUUUUUAUUGAGACUGGGCAGCUAAUCUCAGGAACAUGGUGUGUGAGCAGUGGAUUCUUCUCAUGAGCAUGGUCCCUUUUGAGAUGUCUGUCUUGGUUAAAGAUUUCAGUCAAGGGUUAUUUGUUUUGAUCUCUAUCCUCAUGAGCCUUUUGACUUCGUCACUUUGCUCAGAAGAGCAAAGUUAGCUUGAUAACUGGGGUACCUCAACCUGUCCGUACUAAAUUUAGUGAUGAUUUGCUGUUAACUGUAUGAGAGUGGAGAUUUCUGCAGGAGAUGGUGCUUGCUUUUGCCAUGUCCCUCACUAAAUGACUACAGGUAUUUCAGAUGCUUUUGUGCUUGGGUUGUUGUUCCAUUUCCACUCCUUUUUUUAAGUUGAGCGGUGGUAGCGGUGUUGCUCAUAGCACAUCAAGCUGAGGAUGAGGCAGCACAUAUCCUGGUGCAUGCAGUAGCCACAAAUACUGCUGUCCAGUAAAUGUGAAUUGAACUUGUGCUGACAGUAUAUGUUUAAUACCUUCAUUGAUCUAUGAAAGAGAUUAAUUAUAAAUACCUAGUUCAUGUAUACUGCUAGGUAAUUGGACCUCAUAAUUCUUUUAGCAACAGAAACAACUGUUUCAGUUUUGCAUUUCUGGUAAUGAAAAUAUUGUGCUGGUAAGGCUUUCUCUGUUGAAACUCUUACCUGUUCUGUAACUAAACAUUUCAUCAGGUGACAGCUGCUGUGAGUGUUGCUGUUUUUUGAGCAGCCAGAAGGCAAUGGGACCUGGGCUCUACCAGGUGAGAUUGCUUGACUUGUAGGCUGACCUCUAGCCUCUCCAGCCUCUCUUUCAUGAGAAUGUAGACCAGGAGGGAUUGUGUUAUCCAAAAUGUAAAGUGAUUGACAGUUUCAGGACCAAGCUGCUGAAUAAUUUGAAAAUGAAAGCCUACUGAAAGAAACCGGCCCAAAGUUGAAUUUGAAACCCAGAAUAUGAGAAGGCAUAUAUUUCCCAUAAGAGAAGUCAUAAAGUAAGCAGGUCAUCAUAAGUUUAUGCACUCUCUUGAUGCUCAUCUUUAAUUCAGGGCAGCAGCUUUGUGGAUUGGGCAGGGGAAAUAUUUGCAACCGUGAAGUUACUUCUUUAUCACAUGUCUGGAAAUGCAUAUUGUACCAAACAGCAGUAGCGAGUGUGGGAAGAGGAAGGCUUCAGCCUCCCUCGUGUCCUGGGUACAUCUGUAGGCUAAUGCAGUAUGCAGUGUGUUAAGACUUUCUGGAGGUGUGGUAGGGAGUAGUAUUCAGCGAGGUCAGUCCUCAGAAAGCACUUGUAGCUUGAAAGGCAAAUGUAAGUUGGGAAGGAUAAAAAUACUUUGGGGCAUUUUUGCAACUUGAUCACCUAAAAGCCCAUAAGGUUAUUAGGUAGCUCAGACAUGUCUAAUCUUAUAAAUAUAUGACCUCUAGACAGUGUGUGUUCUUUCUUUUGUGGUACCCCCUCCUGAUUUUCUUUUCCAUGGACCAGUGUAGACUUAAUCAACAGCUGACAUGAAGAGGGCAAAGGGGGAAGCUAUUUUGCAAUAAUGUCUUUAAAGCAUAUGAGAGCAAAGAGAAAGUCUGUUACGUUUAUUGCUAAUUGAGAACAAUUAUUUUAUGGCCUUUGUGGAAAAUUUCCAUCUUCUGUGGUCUGUAGGCUGUCAUUCUAGUUUUAGCUGCUGUGCUGUUGCAAGUAUGCUUGUGUCUGUGUGUUCUAGCAGUUCAGUACCUGUGUAAUACAGCAUUGCUUUCUAGUAAGUUGUGCGUAUUCUCAACUUCAGAAAAAAAUGUUAUGGGAUAUAAAAGCUUUUUGGGUAAUUUAUGUAUGCAGGUACUUCUAUAACAGUAUGGGCAAGAGGAAGAAAUACAUCUUGAGUUUGAGUCAGAAGGUGGUGAGAUGUGUGAUGGUCCUUACUGUCUUGUGGUAUUGCCACACUCCCUAGUCAUUCGUUGUUUUAGCCUGAUCACAGAUAAUUCCGUAGUGUGCAUGAGUGAUGCUGUUAAUUACGAUCGUGAUGUGGCUGCAUGGCUGAUUAAUUCAGGGAUUGUGAGUUUAAGCUGCAAGCUGUUGUGAAGGUAUGGGAUCGAGUCUCCAACCUUUGUUCAGGUGGUUGGAUGGUAAGGGGUGAGCUUCAUGUGUUUUAUGGUGGUUGCUGUUUGUAAGGAGACAUGCUGUGCUUGUGGGAUGCAGAGUGGAUAGGCCAGUCCUCUUCAAUCGGGUAAGCAGAAAAGCCAAUAAAUGAGCAAGGAUAGACUGUUGUGUUUGAAGGGUCUGACCUGUUGUUUUGCUUGCUGUCAGACUCUACUUUUCUGUCCCUAGACCUUGUUUUUUGUUUUAGUGGACUCUUUCCUUCCUGUUCUGCGGUAGGAGCUGAGAUGCAUAUCUUCCUGUCGUUUAGAGGUUUGUUAAUUUUGUCUCUUUCCCCAUCUUCUCUUUCAGCCCAGGGCACGGAGACUCAGGUAGUUGUGCACAUCCAGGAUGUCUCCCAUCAACAACUGGAUUGUUAGGAGCCUAUAGAGGGUUUCUGUUAUCCGAUGUGUGUGUGUGUGCAGUUGUAGCUACUCUCCUGAAAGCAAACUGGGAACAGUAUUAGUUGGGUAGGCAGUAUGAGAAGGAUGCACUUCCACAGCAUGGGAGGAAGCUGGAGAUGAAGGGGAAGUGCUGCUCAAGGGGAAGGGAGGUGUUUUGGAGUGUAGGGGUCAAGGGAACAUGGUGCUUUACCUCCUUUAAACCUGGUGUGCAGGAAACCAGCCUUCAUGGGUUUUGUUGCUUGUGGAACAAUUUUAGAGUGGUCUCGCGUGCUAAACAUCACUUUGGAGAGUGGUUUGUUGAACUUAAAAUUUCCUUAUUGUACACGUGCAACAGUAACUCGAGCAUUUUUCUGUGCAGGAUAGCAUUUUAAUUUUAGUUAAAGUAUUUAAAAUCUCUAUGAAAAAUGCAAAUUACUCCCUUCUGAUCUGCUCACAUUCUGUUUUAUGUGAUUUGCAGUGUGCUCUGCAUUGCUUGCAGAGAGGAAGAAACCCUUUUCCAGAUUAUGUCUACUUCGAAAAUUCUUCAAGUAACCCGUAUUUGAUACGAAGAAUAGAAGAGCUCAAUAAGACUGCCAAUGGAAAUGUGGAAGCAAAGGUGGUAUGUUUCUACAGAAGAAGAGACAUAUCAAGUACACUUAUUGUAUUGGCAGACAAACAUGCAAGAGAAAUGGAAGAAGAGAUGGAAAAUCCAGAAAUGGUUGAUUUACCAGAGAAACAGAAGCAUCAGCUACGACAUCGUGAGUUGUUUCUCUCACGACAGCUGGAAUCUCUGCCAGCCACACACAUUAGAGGCAAAUGCAGCGUUACUCUGUUAAAUGAGACAGAAUCCCUUAAAUCAUAUCUGGAACGGGAGGAUUUCUUCUUUUAUUCACUAGUAUAUGAUCCUCAACAAAAGACCCUACUCGCUGAUAAAGGAGAGAUUCGAGUCGGAAACAGAUACCAGGCAGAUAUAACAGACUUGCUAAAAGAGGGUGAGGAUGAUGGAAGAGAUCAGUCAAAACUUGAAACAAAAGUUUGGGAAGCCUUUAACCCGCUAGUAGACAAGCAGAUAGACCAGUUCCUGGUGGUAGCACGGUCUGUUGGUACGUUUGCCCGAGCACUAGAUUGCAGUAGUUCUGUCAGACAGCCAAGUUUGCACAUGAGUGCUGCAGCAGCCUCUAGGGACAUCACGCUGUUCCAUGCUAUGGACACUUUGCACAAAAAUGUCUAUGACAUUUCCAAGGCAAUCUCUGCACUUGUGCCACAAGGUGGGCCAGUCCUGUGCAGAGAUGAGAUGGAGGAGUGGUCUGCUUCAGAGGCAAACCUCUUUGAGGAAGCACUAGAAAAAUAUGGAAAAGAUUUCACUGACAUUCAGCAAGAUUUUCUCCCAUGGAAGUCCUUAACAAGCAUAAUAGAAUAUUACUAUAUGUGGAAAACUACAGACAGAUACGUUCAGCAGAAACGAUUGAAAGCAGCAGAAGCAGAAAGCAAGCUAAAACAAGUGUAUAUACCCAACUAUAACAAGCCAAACCCCAACCAGAUCAAUGUAAAUAAUGUCAAACCAGGAGUGGUAAAUGGUACUGGAGUGCAGGCACAGAACACGGGAGCAGGACGGGCCUGUGAAAGCUGUUAUACCACACAGUCUUACCAGUGGUAUUCUUGGGGUCCCCCUAACAUGCAGUGUCGCCUCUGUGCAUCCUGUUGGACGUACUGGAAGAAAUACGGUGGCUUGAAAAUGCCAACACGGUUAGAUGGAGAGAGACCAGGACCAAACCGCAAUAAUUUGAGUCCUCAUGGUGUGCCAGUACGAAACAGUGGGAGUCCCAAGUUUGCUAUGAAGACACGACAAGCUUUCUAUCUCCAUACAACAAAACUGACAAGAAUUGCCAGACGUUUAUGUCGAGAUAUCUUGCGCCCUUGGCAUGCUGCAAGACAUCCCUAUCUGCCUAUUAACAGCGCAGCAAUCAAAGCAGAAUGCACAGCACGUUUACCUGAGGCAUCAGAAAACCCAUUGCUAUUAAAGCAAGUGGUUCGAAAGCCUUUAGAAGCAGUACUCCGGUAUUUAGAGUCUCAUCCGUGUCCUCCGAAACCAGAUCCUGCAAAGAGCUUGUCCAGUUCUCUCAACAAUCUGACUCCUGCUAAGUUUACGCCUGUCAUUAAUAAUGGGUCCCCAACUAUCCUGGGAAAAAGAAGUUAUGAACAACACAAUGGAAUGGAUGGCAACAUGAAGAAGCGCCUGUUGAUGCCUAGCAGGGGAACUUACUUAGGUCUGCCUAACCACGGACAAACCAGACAAAUGGGACCAAGCCGAAACUUGCUGCUCAAUGGGAAAUCAUACCCAACAAAAGUCCGAUUAAUUCGUGGUGGAUCCAUGCCUCCAGUGAAAAGGAGGAGGAUGAACUGGAUUGAUGCACCAGAUGAUGUUUUUUACAUGGCCACUGAAGAAACCAGGAAAAUCCGCAAGCUGCUUUCCUCCUCUGAAGCCAAGCGAGCCGCCAGACGCCCUUACAAGCCUAUUAUCCUCCGGCCCAUCCAGGCAGUGCAGCUACGCCAGCCCAUGAACGAUGAACCCAUAAUCAUUGAGGAUUAACACACGCUGAGCAGCUCUCCAGAUGAUGGUGGAUCUGCCUGAAAGAAUCUCUCCUCCAAUAUAUACUUGAGUUUCUAUGGCUACAGCAUUGAACUAACUGUUGAAGAGAGGGAACUUUUGAGGAACCGUUUUGCAUCUUUUAAACCCUUAAAAGGAACUCAGCCCUGCUCUGAGCCUCUGACCACAGACUGCUCUCUCUCUCGCGCGCGCUCUCUCCUUCUCUCUCCUUUCUUUCUUUUUUUUUCUUUCUUUCUUUUUUUUUUAUUUUUUAAAUUUUUGGUAGCCUCUUUUCCCCUUUGCUUCUACCCCUUUUGUAGACAGGGGGAGGGAAAGUAAGUUUAACUUAUUAAGAGAAUGUGGACUAGUACUUUUUAGCUUUGUUUCCUCUUCUGAUGUACGAAGAGCUAGAACCCUUCAUUUUGUGACUGAGCUCUCGUUGCAAAGCCAUUUUUACGAGGCUGUGUUGUAAGAUUUUUCCUUUUUUUUUUUUUUUUUUUUUAUUUUGUGGACGGUGCCAUUUUUUAUUUCAUUUAUAUUAUUUCUUUUGUAGAUAAAUUUCUAACCUUUAACUGAUAUUUGGAAAUAGGAGCUGAAAGCCAGCCCCAGGUUCAGCCAGUUUUCUUUGGUCCUGUCCCUUAUGUUUUUUGGAUCAUUUUGCACGGCCAGUUGUGCUCAUGCACAAGACAGAAACAACUCAGGCUGAGAAAGGAGUGAGCUAAGAACUGAAGAACCUUGCAGAACAUUACACUAACGUUGUGUGCAGUGGAGGCCAGGCUACCAGAAUUAGGUGUCCUUACUCUAGUCAAUCCCUGGGAGAUGUGGCCUGUGGCAUUUCUCCCAGUAACCAGCAGUUUGCGUGCUGCCUUCUCUCUGACAUCUGGAAUCCUACGUGCUGUUAUACCACCAAGACCCAGCAGUAGGCCCAGCAGUCCAGCAAGUGUAAUGAAUUGCUUUGCUCUGGCUCCAAGAGUCAAGUACACCAAUGCCCAGGGACAUUUUGCUUAGAACUCUGAACCUGUUUGUGCAUCAGUGUUUUCGGACACAUCUCUCCCAGGAUGAGACCUGGUUUCUCUUUAAUUGCGUUACUGUAUGUUUCCCAUUUUGAAGGGAAUUUAAAUUACAGCUGGGUUUUCAUUUGAACACAUUGUGUCUGAAAUUAAGUGUUUUUUUUCCCCCCUUGACAUUUCUUGUGUUUGAGGUUUCUUGCAUCUCUUGAACUUCUUAUGUAUUUGCAAGUCUGUAUAAUUUCUUUUUCAUAUGUCUUCUCAUUGCAGUGCAUUUGCUGAAUGCCCUGCUCUGUUUUGAAAGGAUGUAAACUAUCAUUUGCAACUUGUGCUGAUCUGUACAUGUACCUGCCUCAAGCAGACACAGCAUGUAAUAACCCCCAAGUCAUUCCAUAUGUGUCAGCGGUGAGAUGAGCCAAAGUUGUAUUUGGGUUAUCACAGUCCAACCGUGAUUCUGUGCAACUCUGCUAACCCACCAGGUUAGACGGAAAGGAAUCCCCACAAAAUGAAAACAAUUCAGUUAACUUUACUUAAUAAACCUGGAAAGUGA